AUCUAGGCCGUUUCUAUUUAUAGCUGGCACUCUUAUCAGCAGUCUGUGACGUCAGGCGAUUCGGACAAACAUUUCGGAAUCGCACUGAGUAAACUGUAAUGUACAUGUAAACAAAGCUCAAGAUUAAAUAUUUCUGGAGAUAAAUUAAUGGAUAAAUCAUGGUAACAACUAAACACUGUUGUUAUGGAGAUUGUAAAAGUGACUCGAGGACUUUGAAUAAUGAUGGAAUUUUUUUCAUUGGUUUUGGAAAUGGAUUUCCAAAGCCCAAAACAGAUCGUGAAAAGUGCAUGCGUUGGGUGCAAAACUGUGGACGGAAAUAUUUUACCAUCGCCAAUGUUAACAAGGAUACUUAUAUAUGUUCAUUGCAUUUCGUCGGCGAGAAAGGUCCGACGGAAGAAAAUCCAGACCCGAUCAAAUGUGGAACAGAGGUUACCAGAAAGAGAAAAAGACCUGCUGAACGCCUGCCAUACAAGACACCAAAACAGCAGCGUACAGAAAGAAAUGAAGCAGCCCAAGCAAUGAUGAUGUUACCAAUGACUGAUACUAUCAGUCCUGUCGUGAGUGAAAAUGCACAUGAGGGCUUUGAGACUGUUGCAAAUAAUGCUCCAAAAACGUUGUUCACAAGUACAGGAGUUAAUUGUAAACCAGAUGUACAGGAAAAGGAAAGUCAGACAAAAAAAACUGUGUCAUCAGAUAUUGUACGGUUAAAAAUACAGAACAGAAUUUUAGAAAACAAUCUCAAAGUCUCAUCUCAAGAUCAGUUCCAGAUUCAGAAGCCAAAGAAACAAAAUACAGUUGAAGAAAAGGCAAGAGUCACUGAGGCCUUCAGUGUGGACACCUAUAUGAACGAUGACAAAGCGUUUAAGUUUUACACUGGUUUGACAUGCAUUCAGUUUUGUGCCUGUGGGACUUCUUGGGAGACUGUACACAGAAAAUAAAUUUUUGGAAUUCCAGUGUAAGCAAUCCAGACAAGACUCCUAGCCGUAGACCAGGGCGUAAGCGGCUUAUUUCACCACAGAAUCAGUUGUUUAUGUUUCUCAUGCGAGUUCGGCUUGGAUUGUUACACCAAGAUUUGGCGUACAGGUUCGAAACAAACACGAGACAAGUUUCCACAAUAAUAAUAACCUGGGUUCAAUUACUUUAUAAACAGUUUUCGAUGUUAAAGGAACUUAUGUUUGCUUCCAGAAGGAAAGUCCGAAAACAUUUGCCAAGAUGUUUUAAGAAAUAUAAAAAUAUACGCUGUAUAAUAGAUUGUACUGAAGUUCAUGUGCAAUCCCCAGGAAAUUUUGAAGCCCAGGGAAAUCAGUACUCUUCUUAUAAGGGAUACACUUCAUAUAAGUUUCUUGUUGCAGUUGCACCAAAUGGCGCUAUACUUUAUGUAAGCGAUGCGUUUGAAGGCAGUAUAAGUGACAAGGAGAUUGUAAAACAAUCAGAUUUUUUAGAAUUUCUUGAACUAGGUGAUGUUAUAAUGGCAGAUCGUGGGUUUCUGAUAGACGAUAUGUUAAAUGAACGUCAAGUUAAGUUGAUUAGACCACCAUUUCUUGGUUCUAGGCAUCAGUUUACGCCGCAGGAGGAAGCUUUGACAAAAGACAUUGCUAAACAUAGAAUUCAUGUCGAGCGUUCAAUUGAAAGAAUUAAAAAGUUUAAAAUUCUUCAGCGAGUUAUACCACAGGCUUUGCAGCCAGUUUUCUCACAACUAGUUUUUGUUAUAGCUUGCUUAGUAAAUUUUCAAGACCCACUAGUUAAAUGAACAAUUAGGCGUAAAAAAAUUGUUUGUUUCUGGCAUCACGACCUACCCUAAAUUUUUGGCUCUACCCUAAAUGUUUUUAUGGCCUUGGAGAAUAUUUUUUCCAACUUAUUAACAAAAAGUUGCAAAACUUCACUUUUUAUGCUUUAAACAUGGUCAGUGAUGUUAGAAACCAACUUACUUAUUAUAUAAAUGCUCUAAAGGCAUAACCCCCUUACUUGUAAAAAUUACUUUUUGGACAUAAAAAUAAUUUCUGAAAAGUCUCUUAAUAAAAAAAAAUUCCCCCCAAAAGAUUUCCAACCUACCUAUCCUAAUUUUUUUGAGCAUGUUACCGGAAACAAAGAA